UCGCGGUGCCUCCCUUGAGCGCUCCCUGUCCUUGAGCACUUGGUACGUUCCCAUCUAACUCCAGGAGAUAAAUAGCGGCAAGCCAAGGCACCGGCUGCGAAGCGACGCGGGAGAGACUGGGCGCUUUCAUUGUGCCAACUCGAAGCAGGCUCUGCAAAAGCGCAUCAUGGAUCAUCCCGGGCAGACGGAAUUGUGGAAAGCGCAGACGUUGGACGAGCUGAUCCAGAUCCUGCAUCGGUUGUUUUCCGGCGACAAAGUCAAUGUGGCAGAAGUGCAAACCUUAAUGGAAUCUUACGAGAGCAACCCGGAGGAGUGGCUCAGAUAUGCUCAGUUUGACCAGUUCAGGUACACAAGAAAUCUUGUGGAUAAAGGAAAUGGAAAGUUCAAUUUGAUGAUCUUAUGCUGGGGUGAAGGCCAUGGCAGCAGUAUCCAUGAUCACACAGAUUCACACUGCUUUAUGAAAAUGCUUCAAGGAAAUCUAAAAGAGACGCUGUUUGAGUGGCCUGGCAAAAAGGGGACUGGAGAGCUGCUGAAGAAAUCCGAAAGGGUUUUGAAGGAAAACCAGUGUGCCUAUAUUAAUGACUGCAUUGGCUUACACCGUGUGGAGAACCCAAGCCAUACGGAAACUGCUGUUAGUCUCCAUUUGUACAGCCCACCCUUUGAAUCUUGCUACACUUUUGACCAAAGAACUGGACACAAGCAAAAAGUUAAAAUGACAUUUUAUAGUCAGUUUGGAGAAAGGACCCCAUAUGCAACAUCAGUUUCACAAGAGAACAACUGAAAAGCACAAGGCUGGCUGGCUGGUUUAUUAUUUGAACUGGAGCAGGAGGAUUGUAUGAUUGAUGCCAGUACCAAGAUGUGUCUGAAUAAUCUCUGUGUAUGACAACAGUAGAACAGCUAUUUGGUCAAGUAGUUAUCAUUCAUGAUUCCUCUCCUCUUGAACACUAAAGGGAGUAGUGCCAUGUAUUGCUGCAGAGUUCAAAUGACUCUCGCAGCCUACCAUAAGACCAGGGUCCUUUUCCCACCAUUUCUACUUUUGAGACUGUACACAAACUUCAGCAUUUGGGAUUUCAAGUAUGACUUGACUUUCUUAACAGCCCUAUCUGUUUGAAUGUAUGCCAUUUUUACUAGUAAUGUAACUUCUUGGUGUCAUCUGUACUGUAUACUGUUAGCAGCUUCAUUUUAACCUGGGUUUAAUGAUCUGUUGGAACUU